GAAGUCGGCCUCGGAGGGAAGCGGAAGCCGAAGCCUCGAGACGAGGAAGAAGAGCGACGCCAUGAACCUCCAGGUCCAGAAGAACACCCUCUACGUAGGAAAAAAAAAAAACCCUACACCGACAGGAGGGCUGGCGGAGGAGGUGAACGAGGCGAUCCUGCACUCGGCGUUCAUCCCGUUCGGGGACAUAAAGGACGUCAAGACCCCGCUGGACCAGGCCACCCAGAAGCACCGCUCCUUCGGGUUCGUCACCUUCCUCGAGCGCGAGGACGCCGCCGCCGCCAUGGACAACAUGGACGGCGCGGAACUCUACGGCCGCGUCCUCACCGUCAACUACGCCUUCCCCGAGCGCAUCAAGGGAGGCGAGCAGGGCUGGGCCGCCCAACCCAUUUGGGCGGAUGCUGAUACAUGGUUUGAGAGGCAGCAACAAGAGGAGGAAAUGCAGCGUCUGCAGGCAGAACAGCAAGCUGCCAUGAAAGCAGCAGAGGAGCUGCAUAGGAAGAAGUUGGCUGAAGAGCGAGAAGGAGAGAAGGAAGAAGAAACAGAAAUAAAGGCUGAUCCUAUGGCUGCAGCUGAAGCAGAGACCUUGAAACAACAGAAUGCUUGAACCAUCUAGAAUCUAGAGUUCACACUGGAGAAGACCAUGUUUAAAGGUGACUUCUAUGUGCUGUCUGUAUGUUAGACUAUUAAAAAAUUAAGGUUCUAUUGUGUUUUCCUCCAGAGGAUUCUGUCAUCAGCUACUAUGCAUUGUCAUUACUCGUAUUGUAAAUUCUGUGAUGAUAGUUGUUUUGACCUGGAAAAGUAAAUCUGCCGAUUUUUUGCCAGAAAA